UCGCAACGAGGGAACCGCCAGAAGGCCCUCAGUGCUGGACCUCAGUGUCCGGGCAGAAUGAUGGAGGUGGAGACGCUCCUUCAGGUAUACUGGACCGAGACCAUUUAGGGCUUUAAAGGUCAGCACCAACACUUUGAAUUGUGCUCGGAAACGUACUGGGAUAUAUUGGAAACUGGAUUUAUUUACUGGAAACUCUGGAUUUAUUUUAUUAUUUAUUUAUUUAUUUUAUUUAUCGAAUUUAUAUACCACCCUAUACCCGGAGGUCUCAGGGCGGUUCACAAAAAAGAUCACAAUAUAUAAAAUAAAAAUAAAAAUAAAAACAAUACCCCAAUAACGCCCCCCUCCAAAGAGUCACAUUUUAAAAGGGUAUAGGUUGUUGAUCAGGUUAACCAAAGGCCUGGUUGAAAAGGAACGUUUUUGCCUGGCGCCUAAAGGUGUGUAGUGAAGGCGCCUGGGGUGAACUUCCCUGGGGAGAGCAUUCCACAGACGGGGAGCCACUGCAGAGAAGGCCCCGUUCUCGUGUUGCCACCCUCCGGACCUCUCGAGGAGGAGGCACACGAAGGAGGGCCUCAGAAGGUGAUCUCAGGGUCCGGGUAGGAUCGUAUGGAAAGAGGCAGUCCUUGAGGUAUUGUGGUCCUGAGCCGUUUAAGGCUUUAUGGGUCAAAACCAGCACUUUGAAUUGGGCCUGGAAUCUAAUCAGUAGCCAGUGCAGUCGGACCAGGAUCAGCGUAAUAUGCUCAACCCGUCUUGCUGUCCAGUGAGCAACCUGACCGCUGAAUUCCGCACCAGCUGAAGUUUCCGAACUGUCUUCAAAGGCAGCCCCACUUACAAGGCAUUGCAGUAAUCUAACCUUGAGGCAAAACAAGCUUUUUAGAAUUUAUUGAAUUUAUUGAACCACAAUAUCAAACAAAGCAGAAAGAUCAAAGUGGAAAUGGUUUGAAGAAUAUAUGAGCAAACACUGUGCUAAAGACAACAUGCUGAUAUGUCUAGAUUAAGUCUGUAAAGUUGAUUCAGAAAACAAAAUAUUCAAUUCAAUUCAAUAUACUUUAUUCGACCGAUAGUCAGAAACAAAAAACAUUUCUCAAUACAAAGAUAAACAUAUAAAACUGAAGGCAUCAGAGGGAUACAUAAAAAUUUAAAAAUAUAAAACUGAAGGCAUCAGAGGGGUUCAUAAAUGGGGUAUGACCGCGCUACUAAACCUCCUACAGAUAACCCACAUCAAGACAUUCGAUUAUACGUUUCCGACACUUGAGCGCCAGGAAGAGGAAUUUAGCCACUGAGAAGGUUAUUUUCCCAGUGGGCUUGUUGAACAAAUAUGCCGCCUGCCGUUCUCUUGGUCGGGAACUAAACUGAGAUAAAUACGGGUCUAUAAGAUAUUGCCUUAAAUCAUUAUAAAAGGGACAACUCAGUAGAAUGUGUGAAAACAAAAUAUUAGUUAAAUAACAAUAUUAAAGAUGAGAGUUACAAACUGAAAUAUAAAUAAGAAUAUAAUAAACAUAGACAUGACAAAGACUGGUGGAGGGAAGUCACAUAGGUGUAACAUUUAUGUUUGUACAGUGGUACCUUGGUUUACAAACACAAUUGGUUCCGGAAGUCUGUACUUUACCUGAAGCGAUCUUUCCCAUUGAAAGUAAUGGAAAGUGGAUCAAUCUGUUCCAGACGGGUCCGCGGAGUACUCAACCUGAAGCGUACUUAACCCGAAGUAUGAGUGUCAUUGGUUCCGGAAGUCCGUACUUAACCGGAAGUGAACUUUCCCACUGAAAGUAAUGGGAAGUGGAUUAAUCCGUUCCAGACAGGUCCGCGGAGUACUUAAACUGAAAAUACUGUACUCAAACUGAGGCGUACUUAAACCGAGGUAUGGCUGUAUUUUUGUAUUCUCGGUAUUUGAAUGAUUGUAGUUGUAAUGUGUGUGCAUUGUAUAUAAUAAAAUUAAUAAUAAUAAUAAUAAUAAUAAUAAUAAUAAUAAUAAUAAUAAUAGAGGUUACCAGAGCACAGACAACAACAGGAGUUAGGCCAGGGGCCAGCAACCUUUUCCAGCAGGGGGCCGGUCCACCGUCCCUCAGACCUUGUGGGGGGCUGGACUAUAUUUUGAAAAAAAUAAUGAAUGAAUUCCUAUGCCCCACAGAUAACCCAGAGAUGCAUUUUAAAUAAAAGGAUACAUUCUACUCGUAAAAACACGCUGAUUCCCGGACCGUCCGUGGUCCGGAUUGAGAAGGCAAUUGGGCCGCAUCCGGCCCCCAGGCCUUAGGUUGCCUACCCCUGUCCAGAUAAGGGCAUAGCUGGGCCACUGAGGACCCCUUUGCCCCACCCCCAACAUGCCUUUUGCAGGAGGGUGAGAAGACCCAUGACAUCACAAGGGGCUGCUUGAAGUAUCUGUGAGGCGCUGCCUGCCCCAAGGAGGGGCUCCCCAGGGAUGCCCACACCUGGGACGCUGACUCUGGCUUGCCGGCCAGCUUGUGGCAUUGAGGGCAGUCCUGGGGCGGUGCCCGUAAGUCCCUGUGCCAGCCAUGGCGCGGACGCUGAACAUGGACACCCUCCAGCAGAACUUCUGGAAGGAGGAGUACAACAAGGAGCUCGUCAUGCGCUACCGCUGGCACCAGAAGUACGGCGCCAUCGUGAAGGCCAAGCAGCAGGCGCAGAGGGAGCGUCGGAAGAAGGCCGUGGACAACACCCUGCGGCUCCCCUCUGUCAAGCCGGCCCCGCCGGACGUAACCCCCCAGCGCCCCAUCCUGCCUCCCACUGCAACCCCGCCAUGGCUGGCGCGGGAACGAGACCUGACCGGGGUGGACGCUGCGAUCCUGGAGAUGGAGAUGAGGCCUGCGCCCCGGGAGCUGCGCAGCCUCCUGUACCAGGGCAUCUCGCACGAGGAUGAAGGGCGCAAGCGCUACCUGAAGCUGCGCCUCCUCUUGAACCCGGAGGACAAAUACACCUUUCCGGUCACCACCAACUUCAACUACGGCUGGCAGAUGGGGAAGCUGGCCACCAGCCACAUCGCCCCCACCCCCAAGUGCCGCAUCGACAGCUUCUUCCGCAAGAACGGCGCCUUCUCCCUGCUCCACCCGCGCGACGUGGCCCUCUGAGCGAGACCCGCCUGCUCCCCCAGCUUCGUACUUGCAAACAAAGCUCUACCUGUUUUAUCACUCAGGUCUCCUCCUCUGGUGCCUUUCCUUGGUUUCCUUCCUUGACUCCCAAACACCUGGAGAACGGGCAGGGCCAAGGGCCACUUUGAUGGAUAUGGCUGGGGGAGGAGCCUUUUGGGGUUCAGGGCGGGGUAGAGGGAGGAGCCUGUGUGUUUCGUGGGAAGAGGGCGGAGCCUAGUGCAACUUGUGAAAGUGCAAUUGUUCAUUUUGGCCUGAGCGCAAGAUACCAGAUUUAUUCAACGGAAGCGCUUGAGAUCAAACCCAGAGGGUUGGGUUUUGUUUGGGUUUUUUUAAGCCAGAUUGGGUGUUAAGAGUUGCCAACUGCUGAGCGUCUUUAACACCAUAGGCACCUGUGUUGAGGGCCAGUUGGGUAGGAGCAAUCCUUUUCAUUGCAUUCAUCAUCAUCAUCAUCAUCAUCAUCAUCAUAAUUCAUUUUAUUUCUUAUACCCCGCCCAUCUGGUUGGGUUUCCUUACUCUGUUGUAGGAUGAACACUUUUAUUUACGUAAUUGUUCCAUAAAAUUUACAUGCCGCUUGAUUGUUGACAAGGGGGGGGGAAAGCCUAAAGAAAAGGGGAAAUAAUAAUAAUAAUAAUAAUAAUAAUAAUAAUAAUAAUAAUAAUAUUUAUACCCCGCCCAUCUGGCUGGGUUUCCCCAGCCACUCUGGGCGGCUUCCAACAGAAAAAUAAAAUACAGUAAUCUAUUCAACAUUAAAAGCCUCCCUAAAUAGGGCUGCCUUCAGAUGUCUUCUAAAAAUCUGGUAGCUGUUUUUCUCUUUGACAUCUGAUGGGAGGGCGUUCCACAGGGCAGGCGCCACCACCGAGAAGGCCCUCUGCCUGGUUCCCUGCAACUUGGCUUCUCGCAAUGAGGGAACCGCCAGAAGGCCCUCGGUGCUGGACUUGUGUCUGGGCAGAACAAUGGGGGUGGAGACGCUCCUUUAGAUAUACUGGACCGAGGCCGUUUAGGGCUUUAAAGGUCAGCACCAACCCUUUGAACUGUGCUCGGAAACGUACUGGCUUCUCGCAGCGAGGGAACCACUCUGGGCAGCUUCCAACAGAAUAUUAAAAUAAAAUAAUCUAUUAAACAUUAAAAGCUUCCCUAAACAGGGCUGUCUUCUAAAAGUCUAGUAGUUUUCUCUCUCUUUGACAUCUGACGGGAGGGCAUUACAUAGGGCGGGCGCCACCACCGAGAAGGCCCUUAUUAAUGCAUAGGUGUUAUAAGAAAAAAACUGCUCAUUUUCCCUUAUGGGGUAUCCAAGAGCCCGUAUAGAGUCCUUAAGUGGGUUCACUAUCAGUAGACGGAAAUAACAGACCAACCAGAGUAUUUUUGAGAAGCAAAGCGGCUAGUGAGCCUGAUCUUUAUUCAACGAACUGUUGCAACAGGGUCCCCACUCACUACACGCGGGAGGGAGGAGAACCCUGAACAAUGGUGCGCAAGCCCUUAUAUAGAUUUUUGAAUUUGCCCACCGUGUAGCCCAAGACCACCCCCAGAAACAUCAUACAUACAUCAGAGCCAGUGUGGUGUAGUGGUUAAGAGCGGUAGACUCGUAAUCUGGGGAACCAGGUUCGCGUCUCUGCUCUUCCACAUGCAGCUGCUGGGUGACCUUGGGCUAGUCACACUUCUCUGAAGUC